GGGGUGAGGCAGGAAAUGGGAGGGGCGCCAGUAGCCUUUAUCUCCCGGGGAGAGGGGCAGAGACCACAGUCAGAGAGCCGGCUUCAGCUCCUUCUUUACGGCAAGGCAAAAAGGCUCCAAUUCAAAGCCCUCAGGAUGAAGAAGACAGCGGAUGGCGCCCAGGUGAUGAAGGAAGGCGUGCUGGAGAAGAGAGGCGAUAACCUGCUCCAGCUCUGGAAGAAGAAGUACUGCGUGCUGACCCAAGACUGCCUCCAGCUCUUCCCGGACUCCCAGAAACGGUCCCGGAGCAAGGACCUGAGCCUGCAGGAGAUCCGGACGGUGGACUGCGUGGAGAGAACGGGCAAGUACAUCUACUUCACCGUGGUCACCACCGACAACAAGGAGAUGGACUUCAGGUGCCUAGCGGAGGGCUGCUGGAACUCGGCUAUCACUAUGGCCGUCAUUGAGUUCAAGAAUAAGAAAGCCAUACAGAGUUUCAGGUCGCGGCAGGACGCCGAGGUGCUCAGUGCGGGCCAGCAGGAGAAGCUGCUGGGAAGGGCUCCCUAAACGCAUGCUCCACAGGUUGGUCAUAUUGAUUGUGGAAGAAACGUCUGUGAGUGAGCAAGUGGAUGAAGACACCCAGGAGAUUGAGAGCCAUUUUAAGUGACUUCAGUUUCGUCCUCUGUGCUGCUUCUGCCGGAUGGAUCCAAGCUGCUGUAAUCGGCCACCGGACACCCAGGAUCUGACGCCUGGCUGAAGUGAGCCUGUGGGGCUGACUGGAAAUCUGCUUCUUUAUUUAUUUAUCUAUUGCAGAAUCCAAGAACAUUUAUAAUCUUGCAUCAAGUUAUCUUAUAAAUUAUUUUGUAAUCUAAUUUUGCAUAUUUAUUAAAGUGUUUUUUUAAAAAAUGAA